UGACAUUAAUGACGAAAAUGGCGACGCGGCAACCGACGGCGGCCGCGGCGAAAACGGCCCCACAGCGGCAGUCCAAAGUAGAAACUCUCGCGGAGUUCAAGCUGGCAUUCCGAGAAUACCUUACGAAGACGCAUGUUGCGUCUGCCGACGAAAUGGAUGCGCUCAUGCACACGCUGGAGCAGCCACUGCCCGUGUGCUUUCGCUUGAACCUCGAUGGCCUCGAGUCCGAACGGUUGAAGUCGCUGUUGUCCACCAAGUUCCAGUUUCCGCUCAACACGUACUUUUACAACAACGUGGCGGUCACUCCCCCUCAAUCGAUCCCGUGGUACCCACAAGCCAACACAGCUUGGCAAGUUGCGUGUGGCCGCGUCGCAUUCUCCAAAGCUGCCCACGAGCUAGGCCCAGUCCAAGAUUUCCACAGGUGUCUCCUCGAACACACUGACUACGGCAACAUCGACCGGCAAGAAGCGGUGAGCAUGCUGCCUGUGCUACUGCUGGACGUGCAGUCGGGCCACCGCAUUCUCGACAUGUGUGCGUCUCCUGGCUCCAAGACGACGCAAAUCCUGGACCUGAUCCAGGACGGCAUGGUCGUUGCCAACGACAUGAACAAGAAGCGCGCGUACAUGCUCGUGCAUCGGUUGUCCCGCAACACGCUGCAGUCGGCGGUCGUCACGUGCGGCCCGGGCCAGUUGUUUCCGGGACUGUAUACGUCAGACAACGACCGAGGGGUUUUGCAACCCACAAACGUGUUUGAUCGUGUGCUGUGCGACGUCCCGUGCAGUGGCGACGGCACCCUUCGAAAGAGCCAAACGCUGUGGAAGGAAUGGCACAUUGGCCAGGGCUUGACAUUGUUUCCAACGCAGUUGGCGCUCGCAUUGCGUGGUGCUGCACUGGUAAAGGUCGGCGGUGUCAUGGUGUACUCGACGUGUUCAUUCAAUCCAGUCGAGGACGAAGCGGUGGUGGCAGAAUUGCUGCGGCGAAGCGAUGGCGCUUUGGAAGUCGCCGACGUGUCGGGACAACUGCCUGGGUUGGUGUCGCGGCCUGGUCGAACCGCGUGGCCGGUCGGGUGGCGGUCCAAGUCCAAGAGCAGUGCCAAAGGCCACGUCAUCACACGCGCACCACACACGAACGAGCUCCACCACUGGUUUGACGAGUACAACGACGUGCCUGCGCAGCUGCAAGGCGACCGCAUCCUUCGAUGCAUGUUCCCUACAUCCGACCCCACCAUCCAUGCCGCACUGCGCCGGUGCUUGCGCCUCGUGCCCACGGACGGCGACUCCGGCGGGUUUUUCAUCGCGGUGCUGCGGAAGACCAGGGAUCUUCCCGGUGGCGACCUCCAACAGGGGCUCCCCCCUCUCGACGAAGUGCAAGCUGGGGACCCUCCUCCAGGCUACGUUUGCAAGCUGUGCUCGAAACCUGGCCAUUACAUGAAACAUUGUUCGUUGUUUGACACUGUGUACGAGCCGGACGAGCCAAGCGCCAAGAAGGCAAAGGUCCUUGAGGAUGUUGAGGCUCCCGCAGUGGCGGUCAAGGAAGAGCCGUACCAUCGCAUCACGGAUGCAGUGUGGGCGAAGCUCGAGGCGUUUUAUGGACUGAAGGAGGACGCAGCAUUCCGCGCGGCGCUAUGGAGCCGGUCUGAAUCGUCAGCCCAGAUCAACUACAUCCACCCCUCGAUUGUCCAAGCGUGCAUGGCUGGGGGCGACGCGCUCCAGAUUGUGAACACGGGGAUCAAAGUGUUUUCAAAAACGUCCGACGGGUUCUUCCGUCCCACGAGUGAAGGCCUCGCUGUGAUCCGCCCGUAUCUGACGAAACGCGUGCUCCACUUCACCCUGGACGACUUUCAACUGCUCGUCGCUCGCACCGACGCGGUGCCGUUCACUGCACUCACGCACGUCGACGGCCACAAAUCGACACAGGCGCUGGCGGAACUGCCGCUUGGACCGGCCAUCGGCGUCCUCCUGAUGCCGCCGUCGAUCCAAGGCACCCCCACUGCAACCACGACGUGGCCGCUGCUCCAAGAUCGCCUGUUGUGUAAUCUCUGGCUCGGCAAAGGGUCGUUCAUGCCGCGGUUGUCGGCGCUCAAACGCGCGGAAAUGUCCGACCUCUUGCGUGCAUACUGUGGACAAGACGUCACAGCGUGAUAAUAAUGUCGAUGCACCAAAGCGGCGCCCAUGGACCUUGUUCUGUUGUCCAUCCGUUCACGGCCUGCCUGGUCUACCCAAACUCAUCAGGAACUGGCGUGUGGCCUUGUAUUCCCUACCUAAAUUGUAUGGGCACGGGAU